AUGAGAGAUAUAGUUGCUGAUCCAAGAGAAAGGAAGCCAAUUGAUGAUUUUCAUCAUGACAUUAGGGAUGAGGCAAGAAGAGCAUAUCUACAAAUAGGUCCAUAUAGGCCAACUGGUCAUAAGUUUCCAAAAACGAAAAAAGAUGGUAAAGGCCAAUCAAGAGGAUUUGUUGGAUCAUGGUUUGAUCAAUUUGAAUGGUUAAAGUACAGUGUAGCCAAGGAUGCUGCUCAUUGCUUUUAUUGCUAUCUCUUUAAGCCACAACAAGCUGGGUUUCAUAGUAAUGAUACAUUCACCAAAGUUGGGUUUAGAAAUUGGAAGAAUGCAAAGAAUUUUUUCAAGGAGCAUGCUCAAUCAAUUGAUGGCUUUCAUUACAAUGCAAGAAAACGUGCACUUGAUUUCAAAAAUCAGAGGCAAAGUGUUGAACAUGUGUGGACUAUUACAAGUGCAGCAGAAGAGGAGGCAUAUAAAGCUCGUUUAAGUAUCAUGUUAGGCAUUGCUAGAUUUCUCUUUUUGCAAGCUUUAGCUUUUCGUGGACACGAUGAGUCUAAAACAUCAAGAAAUAAAGGGAACUUUAUGGAGAUACUUGAAUGGCACAGAAAGAAGGAUGCUAAGGCUGCACUUGUGACCGGUGAAAAAGCUCCAGGGAAUAAUCAAAUGAGUAGUCCAAUGGUUCAGAAAGAUUUGGCUAGGGCUUGUGCAGAGGAGACAAGUGAGUUAAUUAAAAGUGAAAUAGGAGAUUGUUGUUUUGCGGUGCUUAUUGAUGAGGCUCGUGAUGCAUCUAUUAAGGAACAAAUGGUUGUGGUUGUGAGGUUUGUCAAUGAUAAAGAAAGUGUGAUUGAGAGGUUUCUUGGCAUUGAACAUAUUUCUGACACCACAUCAACUUCACUAAAAGAAGCAUUGAAUACUAUGCUUAGAAGAUAUGAAAGAUCAACUCAACUCUUGAGAUGUGUUGCUUGUGUUGAUCUGAGGGAUUCUUUUGCCAACUUUGAAGUACAGAAGUUAGUUGAGCUUGCUAAGAUUUAUAAAGAUGACUUCUAUGAUUAUGACUGCAUAAAGCUUGCGGGUGACCUUCGUAUAUUCAUUGAUGAAGUCAGAAAUGAUGAUAAUUUUGACACUUGUAUUGAUCUUGGUAACCUUGCUGAGAAGAUGGUUUAG